AGACGGAGAGGCUGAUGGCGUCCUAGUGAGAGCGGUGAUUGGUGCAGAACCCUGCAAAUCCCUGGGAAGGCCCGUAGUGAAUUGACAAAAAUGUGGUGGAGGGCAUGCGCUGUCUUGCAAGGCGGUGCUGCCAUCCGUUGCCCCCCGAGAGGAUUGUGCACGUCGACAGUGUCCUGAUGCCUGGAUUCGAGACAGGCAGAGUGGGAAGAAACGGCCAGGAGUGCGACCUGAUCCUUGCGACUACAGCAAUCUCCUGGGGACGGGAAGAAGGGUACAAAGGAAGGCAAAGGGGCAGACAUUGGCCUCAAAGACCUGAUCUGGCACUCCUGAUGAGACCCACUGUGCUGGGCUCCCCAGGUCGUGCACCCCCAGAAAAUGAGCCCGUCCUGGUGAAGCUGGAGGAUGCUGAGGAGGAGGGAGAGGACACUCUGUGGGACCCAGGCCCUGAGGCUGCGCGUCUACGCUUUCGGUGCUUCCGUUAUGAGAAGGCAAUAGGUCCUCAGGAAGCUCUGGCCCAGCUCCGAGAGCUGUGUUACCAGUGGCUACGCCCAGAGGUACACUCCAAGGAACAGAUGCUAGAACUCUUGGUGUUGGAGCAGUUCCUAGGUGCACUGCCCCCUGAGAUCCAGACUCGUGUGCGAGGGCAGUGGCCAGGCAGCCCUGAGGAGGCUGCUGCCUUGCUUGACAGGCUUCAAUGGGAGCUGGACGGACCUCGGAAAUGGGUCACAGUCCAGGUGCAGGGCAAAGAGGUCCUAUCAGAAAAGAUGGAACCCUCCAGCUUCCAGCCUCUACCUCACAUUAAGCUUCAGGCUCCAGAGCCUCGGGCUGAGACUCCCCCUGGGGCCAUGCAAGAAUUGCUGCUGGACCUUCAAAUGAAAGAGGAGACAGAAGUGAUGGAGAAUUCAGAGCUCCUGGAGUCUGGGCUUCUUCCUGCUGCCCAAGAGGCUGCAGCCACCCUCCUACCUAAGAAGGCCCAGGGCCAUGAGACAGUACUGGACCAGACCUCUCCUCACAGCAACACUGAGCCUGAUGUGUCCCCAUGGAGCGAGGACCCUGUGGCCCUGUGGCAUGAGGAAAUAGGGGGCAUCUUUUCACCAGGAUUUUUGCUGCAGAUGGACAGCACUGCCACAGAGCCAGAUGCGAUGAGCCCCCACCUCCAGGUCCCCUGGGAUCUGGACAUGGCUAACCUCUCUGGACAGAUGCAGUCCCCUACCCGAGAAGGUGGCUUCGCCCAUGCCCUCCAACUCCACAGCGACCAGAGAGGUGAACAGGAGCCUGCCUUCGAGGACCCCUGCCCCGGUAUGGGUCCAGCUUUGGUAGCGACUCACUGGCAUGCCCCAAGGGGCCGGAGUCGGGGCUGCCGCCCUAGCACAGGGACCAGAGGGAUUCAAGGCAGCCGCUGCGACUUGUGUGGCAAGGUGUUCAGCCAGCGAAGCAAUCUGCUGCGGCACCAGAAGAUCCAUACAGGUGAGCGACCGUUUGUGUGUGUCGAGUGUGGCCGCAGCUUCAGCCGCAGCUCUCACCUGCUGCGCCACCAGCUCACGCAUACUGAGGAGCGGCCUUUCGUGUGCUGCGACUGUGGCCAGCGCUUCAAGCGCAGCGCGCGCCUGGAGGAGCACCGGCGCGUGCACACGGGUAAGCAGCCGUUCCUCUGCAUGGAGUGCGGCCAGAGCUUUCGACAGCGUUCCAACUUACUGCAGCACCAGCGCACUCAUGGUGACUCAUCGUCGGGUCCAAGGCCACCCACCCUGACCCUCCCAGGAACCCCCGAGCCCCUGGGCCCCUUCCCGUGCAGUGAGUGUUGUGAGAGCUUCCCACGACGCGCCGUGCUGCUCGAGCACCAGGCGGUGCACACCGGGGACAAGUCCUUUGGUUGCGUGGAGUGCGGAGAGCGCUUCGGGCGCCGCUCUGUGCUGCUGCAGCAUCGGCGCGUGCACAGCGGCGAACGGCCCUUCGCCUGUGCCGACUGCGGCCAGAGCUUCCGGCAGCGCUCCAACCUCACCCAGCACUGGCGCAUCCACACCGGCGAGCGGCCCUUCGCCUGCGCCGAGUGUGGCAAGUCCUUCCGCCAGCGGCCCACACUCACGCAGCACCUACGUGUGCACACAGGCGAGAAGCCCUUCGCCUGCCCCGAGUGCGGCCAGCGCUUCAGCCAGCGACUCAAGCUCACGCGCCACCAGAGGAGCCACACGGGCGAGAAGCCCUACCACUGCUCUGAGUGCGGCCUCGGCUUCACGCAGGUGUCCCGGCUCACCGAGCAUCAGCGCAUCCACACCGGUGAGCGGCCCUUCGCCUGCUCCGAGUGCGGCCAGAGCUUCCGGCAGCAUGCAAACCUUACCCAGCACCGGCGCAUCCACUCGGGCGAGCGGCCCUACGAGUGUCCCGAGUGUGGCAAGGCCUUCCGCCAGCGGCCCACGCUCACACAGCACCUGCGCACUCACCGGCCUGAAAAGCCCUUCGCUUGCCAGGACUGUGGCCACCGGUUCCACCAGAGCACCAAGCUCAUCCAGCACCAACGCGUGCACAGCACCGAGUAGAUCAAAACAUCUCACAGGAUUGUUGUGAGGCUGGCGUAUUGGGCCCACCUAGAGUCUGGUCUUCAGUAGGUGCUCAAUAAAUAGAUGUUGCCUCCCCGACUGUCCGGUUCCUCUGCUGUUUCCCUGCUGGCAUAGCCUCUGCACACACGGCCUCCUGGCAGGCUA